AUGGAUAAAACAUUCGACGAUGAUCCAUGUAAAUUGUUUAUUGGCGGUCUUAAUCGUCAAACAACAACAGAUCAAUUACGUAGUUAUUUUGAAAGUUAUGGUGAAUUAACUGAUUGUAUUGUUAUUAAAAAUCCUGUUACAAAAUUGUCUCGAUGUUUUGGUUUUGUUUCUUUUAAAAAUCCAGCUCUUGCAGAAAUUGUUGUUGACUCAAGAUCGCAUAUGGUCGAUGGUAAAGAAGUCGAUGUUAAACAUGCAUCUGCUGAAAUACAUGAAAUGAAACAACAAUCAAAACAAGAGCAAGUGAAACAAAAAGUAUUUCUUGGUGGAAUUGUUAGCGGUAUUGAACAACAAGAUAUUAUUGACGCUAUGAAAUCAUUUGGUACUGUAUUAAAUUUUACAAUGGCACACGUGCCAGAAAAGAAUCGUCAAAGAGGUUUUGGCUUUUUAAUGUUUGAUAACGAACAGUCAGCUACAAAUGCAUGCCAUGCACGUUUUAUUGAUGUUAAAGAUUCUACGAAUACUUCACAUCAAAUAGAAGUGAAACCUAUUCAUUAUGUCACAUAUAAGGAUCAAUUAUCACCACCAUCAGACACAAAUGAAAUUACAUCGACAAUUCGAGCAAGAAGUCGAUCGCCAAGUGAGAAAUCAAAUAGCAAUAAUCAUCGAAAACGUUCACGUUGGGAAAAUUCAUCAUCAACCUCAAAUGAACAAAAACAAAAUCCAAUCACAAAUAUCAUCAAGAGUAGUUCACAUAUUUCAUUCUCACAACCCGGUCUCAUUAGUUAUCCGAUUCCAUUAAAAUAUUAUCAACAAACAAUUAAAAAUCAGCCAUCACAUCAACAACAAUACUUUCAACAAACAUCCAGUUAUUAUUCUCCGUCAGAUGAAAUAUAUUCUCAACAUUCGAAUCAUUAUAACAAAACAAUAUAUUCUUAUCAAAAUAAUGGAUCGUCAUUUCAUAAUUAA